CUGAGGCUACGAACACGGAGCCUCACAAGAAAACUGUUGACGGUACAUGGACACCCCGUCAUCGGCGUUAUGCGGUCUCAGCUCCGACCACGGAUUGAGUGAGGAGGAAAUCUGAUCCGAGUCACGACGCACAGGCCCGGGCUUCCCCCCCUUCGUCCUGCCGCUCCACAUGAUGUUUCUUCGUCUUCCCACAUCAUCAUCUUCAUGUGCAUGAUGCUCUGCGCUUCACAGAUUGAGCUUGAGGCGACACAUCACAUCUGCAGGUAGGACUUUAUUUGGAUGGAAGUAGAAGACAAACAACCUCAAGACAUGGAAUAAAAAACGAGUUCAGAGACAACUGAAAAGACUCGAUCUAUUAAUAAAAGACUGGCAUUUAAAGGUUGGAGGGGAUCUGCAGAGUGAGGAAGAAAAGCUGAAGUUAAAAUGGGGUGUGUUUGCAUGUUUGCCACAUUUCUCCUGGACGCUUCAGUUCACUCCCUCAGAAGCUGGUCGAAGCUGGAGUCUCCUCACUAAAAGCCCAAGCAGCUCAUUUCACCUGCAGGAGGAGCCCUCGCCCUCGGUGAUGUGAUGAAUAAGUUUGAAGUCCUUGGCAUUGUGGGAGAAGGAGCAUAUGGCGUGGUGCUCAAGUGCAGGCAUAAGGAAACCAAUGAGCUGGUGGCCAUUAAGAAGUUCAAAGACAGUGAAGAAAAUGAGGAGGUCAAGGAGACGACUCUUCGGGAGCUGAAGAUGCUCCGGACACUGAAGCAGGACAACAUCGUGGAGCUGAAGGAAGCUUUUCGCCGGAGGGGGAAGCUCUACCUUGUCUUUGAAUAUGUUGAGAGGAACAUGCUGGAGCUUUUAGAGGAACUGCCCAACGGUGCACCGCCUGAUAAAGUCCGCAGCUACAUCUACCAGCUCAUCAAAGCCAUUAACUGGUGUCACAAGAAUGAGAUAGUACACAGAGAUAUCAAGCCGGAAAACCUCCUCAUCAGCUCGGAGGAUGUCCUCAAACUCUGUGACUUUGGUUUCGCUCGUAACCUGUCUGAAGGAACAGAUGCCAACUACACCGAGUAUGUGGCUACGAGGUGGUACCGCUCUCCGGAGCUGCUGCUGGGAGCUCCGUACGGGAAGGCCGUGGACAUGUGGUCAGUGGGGUGUAUCCUCGGAGAGCUGAGUGACGGACAGCCCUUGUUUCCAGGAGAAAGUGAGAUAGAUCAGCUUUUCACCAUUCAGAAGGUUCUGGGUCCUCUUCCUGCAGAACAGAUGAAGCUCUUCUACAACAACCCUCGCUUUCAUGGAAUCCGGUUUCCCUCCGUUACUCAUCCUCAGACUUUGGAGAGAAGGUACCAAGGCAUCCUGAGUGGUCUGAUGUUGGAUCUGAUGAAGAACUUGCUGCUGCUGAACCCCACCGAGCGUUAUCUGACUGAGCAGAGUCUGAACCAUCCGGCCUUUCAGCCCCUGAGGCAGGCAGAAAGAGAGCGACCCCCUCCUGCGUCUCCAAACCCUCCGCGCUCCUCAAAGAGGAAAACACACCAUCAUGGAGAGAACACAGUUCCAACAAGGAGUCACAGUAAGAGCACCAGCCGUCGCUCCAACAGCAAAGAAUGUUCCAGCCUCCCUCGACACGGCGACCUCCAUCACCUCAGCAACAAGAGUUUCCUCAAUGGAAACAAGCAGCCCCCGUCCAGUCUAAGUCCUCAGCUCCACCCAAAGGGCCAGUACAUGUCCCAGACUCUCAAUCGUUCGGCCUCCUCCAGCAAAGACCUGGCCAACAACAACUUGCCGCACCUCCUCAGUCCCAAAGAGGCCAAAGGAAAGACAGAGUUUGACUUCAACCUGGGUCCCUCACCCAAACUGUCAGACCAGGGACAUGGAGGGAAGUACGGCCACAGCAAAUCCAGCUCCUCUCGCUCUCAGCAGCAACAGCAGCAGCAACAACAGCCUGGCCGACACACCUUCCUGGAAGGAAAGAACAACACCCUGCAGUCUGGAGGAGAGAAACAACAUGGCCGACACACCCACAGCAUGGCUGACUCUGCCCAUGGGUCCAUGUCCUCGUCCUCCAAGAGUUCAGCCUCUUAUCUCAGCCUGUCCAAGAGCCACAGUGCACUGAGUGAUUCCAAAUCAGUAGGGAAUCUCAGCGAUGGUCGAUUACACCCGGAUGAACCAAACUCCAACACCACCACAGGGAUGCAGCCCAGUGCUCGCUUCUUCCCCGCCAGCUGUUUAGACCUCAACGCUCCUACUGGUCCUCCUGGACCGCCUGGCAGCCCCUCUGCAAGACACAGCGAUAGAUCCGGACACAGCCCUGCGUCUCGAAGCAGCGGCAAUGUACGCAUGGAGAGCAGCACACUGGACUCCUCAUCCAGACACAAGUCCAGGCAUAAACCUUUAACACCAGAGGAGGCCGGAGCUCCAGAGCUCCUAGACCCAGGAGGAGCAGGGAUGCCCUCCACCCACACUCUGCCUUCUCCACACGAGUCAUAUCACUACGGCCUGGGCUACACCUCCCCUUUCUCCUCCCAGCAACGACCUCAGCGCCACUCCAUGUACGUGAGGAGGGAGCGUCACCGACCACAUGGUGUUGAGGGAGGGAUGACUGGCCUGCCUGCACCGGGACAGGCGAUACCGACACGUGCCAGCAGUCUGCAGCUCCUCUCCCCUCAGCUGCAACACCGGACCACCCUGGCCGGACACUCAGUGAGCUCAUCCAGAGAGGACUGCACAGAUGACAUGACCAGGAGUGAGCAGUCCCCUAAAGACAUGAGCCACCCCUGUGCCCCCAUCAAAGACUCUACGAGGGACAACACUGCUGCUUUUCAUACACAGCGCUCUAAAAACGAGGUCGGGAUGUAUCACGACCCUCAUGUUGAGGAUGGAAGCUCCUCUAAGGAGAACCGGAUGAUCUUCACUGAGUCCAUGCCACGGAGAGUCGGAAGCUUUUACCGAGUCCCUUCACCCAGACCAGAUAACUCAUCCUCUUUCCAUGAUGGUGUUAGUCAGGGUCGAGGCCCAGUCGUACCUGUUGUACCUGGAGACCCUGUCGCCAUGGCCAACCACGCCAAGCGUCAGACAGCUUUUGACUGGACUGCCGCUGAGACGAUGGUCAUGAAUCCUCCAGAGCCGACCAAAGAGAAGGAAAAACAAGGCUUCUUCAGAGCCAUUAAAAAGAAGAAAAAGAAGACACAAGUAACGGACAUGGAGGACGGGAGGAACCCGAGCAUCAAGAAAAGCCUUUUCCCCCUCUUUAGCUCUAAGAAUAGCUUAAAGCACAACUCAGCUGUCAAAGUCCUACCUGUAGUGGCUUCGCCUAUGGUACAACACCAGCCUCCCGCGCCCUACCCUGCCUCACCAGUUCCUGGUAACGGACAAGAGCACAUGUCCCUGCAGAGGAGCUCGAAGUCGUCGUCUCACCACGGCAGCCGACGGAAAAACCGUGAGAGAUCCAGAGACAGAGACCGGGAGCGGGAGCAGAGCCGGGACCGAGACAGAGACAGGGAGAGAGAGAGAGAACGGGAGAGAGAAAGAGAGCGGGAGAGGGAGAGAGACAGGGACAGGGACAGAGGGAGGGAGAGAGAGAGAGUCAAUGAUUGGCCACCGGACAAACCAGUUGACUCCCACUCUCAGAGUCAACCACUGAAGUCCCUCCGCCGCCUCCUUCAUCUCUCCCCUUCUUCCUCAAACCAAGGACAGCCUCCUCCUCCUCCCCCUGACAUGCGCUUCCAAGCCCCCAUCCCUAACCCCCCUCAGCCCUCCUCCAAAGCGGGCUACCCCGAAGCUCGAGGGCACACUGAGAGCAGGGGGCUCACUGAGAGCAGGGGGCACACUGAGAGCAGGGGGCACACUGAGAGCAGGGGCCACACCAGUGUGAGCAGCUCGGCCCAGCAGGCCAAGAGUCGCAAGACCAGCUACCCACUCCCCGGGCAGAUCGAGUCCAGCUGGCAUGUGUCGGCUCUGCAGCGGGCAGAGGGCGCUCAGUUCACCGCUGAACAGCUGGGCAUCAAACCGGGGCAGAACGGACCCACCUUUACCCGAGCGUCCCGCACCAGGAUGCCAAACCUCAAUGACCUGAAGGAGACCGCGCUGUAACCCGUCCCUGAACCGCCUCCAAUGUGUCUCCACCCUGAGAGCAUCUGCCAGACACGAACGUCAUGGUACUGUAGUGAAAGUUUACAUGAAAACCUGUUUCACUGGAUCCUCGUAUAGAAAAGUAGUUCUUCUGUUGAUGCUCAUGUCUCUGAAAUCUACAAAAACUUUAACAGGUCAAAUACACACAACAGUAACUGUGCUGAAUCAAAGCAGGAGAGGGGUGAAAAUGCUGUAUCAGUCGUCAAGGAGACACUGCCUGUGUGGCCUCUCUGCUGCCAUCUACUGUUCAAAGGACGCUACAGCAACAACAUCAGACAGCUGCUGUCACACCAGUGGCCAAUAAACUCAAAUUGUUUUUUCAUGCUCUGAUAUUUGAUAAAAACAGCCACAGAAAAGAGAUUUAUAUCAACAUUAUUUAUUAAAUAUUUAUUUGUUUUAAAUUCAAGGAUAUAAGCUAUAAAUGACACAGUAUGUAGGCUAUAUGGGAAUAUUAUAAGGUAAUAUAGAGAUUAAUGUGUAAUUGCAAGAGCUUUAGUUUCGACACAGAGAAAUGCAUAGAUAUUUAUGUGUUGAUAAUACAAUAUGUCACGAGAAAUAUUUAAAAAUUGUGAAUGUCCUUUUUUUGUUCAGUUUGAUAUGUUGCUAUCAGAUUUUUAUAUUAUGUUAUUUUUACCCUUUUUUCUGUUUGCUUCAUCAGAAUGUAAAGACAUGUUGAUAGACCGUAGAUGCCCAAAAUGGUGAAAAAAAAAUCUGGGACAUUUAGUAGAAAUCUGUGGACAUCCACAUGAUAUCAGCGUGGAAGUUUUGUGACGAGUCGGGCUUUUGUCAACGGGGUUUGAUAGCAGAGCAGCCAGAGUGAGACUGUCAUCUCUGCGCUUUACUAACAGUAAUGCCCACUCUCUUUACAUCCCUCUCUUACAAUAAUGCCCAUUUUCAGUCUCUCAGUUCAUUUAUCAACAACACAGCUUUCCAGCUCCAUGCUGCCAUGUUAGUUUUGUCCACAGCCUUAACAGCAAGAAAUGUGCAUCAACACAUCGGUGCUCAUCAGUGGUGAAAAGCUAGCCUCUUCAAAUAAGGUUUAACUCACUUAGAUACUACAUGUAAGGGAAAAGGCAUACCUCAUCUACAACCUUUAAGAUCUGAAAGGUGAGGUCUGGUGUUUUAUAUUUUCUCCAUGUCAACAAAUCCAAAACCAACAAUAACCUGGAACCACAGGUAUUAUGUUUUAAACCCUGAUCUCCGUCUGCAAUGCCUAUAAAACUAUUCACCCCCAUGGAUGUUUUAACCUUUUAUUGAUCUUAU